AUGAAGACUCUUGGUGGCGUACUUGUAGCGCUCUGUACCCUGGCUGCGGCGAAGCCGGGGGUCGACCAGCAGAUCGCGCAGCUCGAGGCGUCCAACUCGAAGCUCCUGCAGUACCCGACGCAGUUUACGCAGGGCAUCAUGCCGAAAAUGAUCCACUCGCACAAUGAUUACUGGAGAGAUGUGCCACUUCUGACCGCGCUCAGCUUCGGGGUCGCUAGCGUCGAGGCGGAUGUCUCUCUCGUCAAUGGGACCCUUUUCGUUGGGCACGAAGCCGCGGCGCUGACGCCAGACCGCACGCUGGACUCGCUGUACAUCCAGCCGCUGUUGCAGAUCCUGAAGAAGCAGAACCCCAAAAACGCGUUCCCUGUGAACAGCACGUCGCCAAAUGGCGUCUUCGACACGGCCAGCGGCACGCCGCUCCAGCUUCUGAUAGACAUCAAGACAGACGGGGUAGAGGCGUUGCCGUUCAUCCUGAAGGCAUUCCAACCCCUGCGCUCAGCCGGAUACCUCACAACCUUCGCCAACGGUACCCUCACGCCGUCAGCCGUGACCGUCGUCGGCACCGGCAACUCCCCGCUCGCGCAGGUCAAGGCGCUCUCCCCGCGGGACUACUUCUUCGACGCGCCGCUCACGCAGCUGACGGACCCGUCCCUGAACACGACGUGGGAUCCCACGCUCUCUCCGCUCGCGUCGACCGACUACGAGACCGCUGUAGGGUGGAGCGGGAUUGGGAACAUCACGGAUGAGCAGAGGGCGAACAUCACGCGCUUCGUCGGCGACGCGCAUGCGCGGGGCAUCACUGCACGGUUCUGGGAUACGCCUGCGUGGCCGGUGUAUGCGCGGGAGAACAUCUGGAGGACGCUGCUGGAAGAGGGGGCGGAUUGGUUGAACGCCGAUGAUCUGGCCGCAGCGAGUUCGUUCUGA